AGGAUGUUAUUUUUUUCGCUGAUAACAGAGAUUUUCUGAAUUUAGGCUACCUGGCCUCUUCAGAGAAGGUCAGCAUUUGCAUAUUAAUUCAUGUCAAGGUGAGAUGUUAAUACAACAACCCGUGGUGGAUUGUUAGGCAGCAUCCGAUUAUUGAAUAGCAUUUGUUGGCUGCAGCUGUAUGCGACGGGAGACAACGUGCCAGAGGUGACUGCAUCUCAUCGCAGCAUUUAUUGAUAGACCAAGGGGGACUGAUGACAAUAACAAUUUCAGAUAGUACUUAAUUGUGCUCGUCUACAAUACAUACAUGUUGUCUACCUUGAGAAAUGCGUGCUUGCAGAACGCAAUAGCAGAAGAUGGAACAACAAUUACUUUUUUCAUAUAGAUCUCAGAAAGCUAUAGCCUAUGUGUAUGCUUAGCAUAAAGCAGGUCCCUCUUAUUGGACUUCUCAUUCACUAGUGCGUAAAAUGGGUAACAGUUUUUCUAACAUAGCUGCUUUUCAGUCCCUGCACAUUGUAAUGCUGGGUUUAGAUUCUGCCGGUAAAACGACUGUCCUGUACCGCCUGAAAUUCAACGAAUUUGUGAACACUGUUCCCACAAUCGGAUUUAACACCGAGAGGAUAAAACUGAGUAACGGUACCGCCAAAGGGAUUAGUUGUCAUUUUUGGGACGUCGGGGGACAGGAGAAGCUAAGACCGUUAUGGAAAUCGUACAGUAGGUGCACGGAUGGCAUUAUUUACGUAGUGGACUCAGUGGACGUGGACAGACUAGAGGAAGCCAAAACAGAACUGCAUAAGGUGACCAAAUUCGCAGAAAACCAAGGGACUCCACUACUGGUGAUAGCCAAUAAGCAGGACUUGCCCAAGUCUCUACCUGUCCAUGAGAUUGAGAAGCAACUGGCACUGCAUGAGCUCAGCCCUUCUACCACUUACCAUGUCCAGCCUGCAUGUGCCAUCAUAGGUGAAGGGCUCCAUGAAGGCAUGGAUAAACUGUAUGAAAUGAUUGUGAAACGAAGGAAAUCAUUGAAACAAAAGAAAAAGAGAUAAAAAGUCAUUACUGUGAAGUUGACCGCUAUCUUCUGAGCUGUACCAUGACUUUUGCUAUAGUCGGCAUGUCAGGUGAUUCUUGUUAUGCAGACUGUUACACUUGCAGUGGUUUAUUAUGAUACACGGUAUAGCUUUGGAGUUAUUGGUGAAGUUCGUCACUUUUAGCUGUGCUGUUACAUUCAAUCACACAGAGGGAGGAAAAUAAAAGCUUGCCUCUUGCUAUCAGAAAUGUCCUUGACAGGCUGGUGGUACCUGUUUGUUGCUGCGUCACAGUAUUUUCUUGUCAAUACUUUUUUUCUCCUGAAGAGUGAAUGGCCUACACAGCACUUUUUGACAGACUGGAGUAGCCCAUAUUAUUUCCUGAUUGGAAUGAACGUCAUUAGUCAAUAUAAAUGUGCUUAUAAUUUUAUUUUUCCACUUUGCACGCUCUGUUUAUGUUACUAACGGAUUUUGAGAGAGACCGUCCAUUUCGU